CACGCGAAUUGGGUCUCUCUUUGAAGCUUCUGGAGGGGAGCGACGAUCUUUGUCUCCCCUCUCUCUCUCUCGGACUUCGGGAAGAACAUCGAUUUUUGGCGGUGGAAGAGCCGUAAAGAUUGAAGCUUUGUUGUAGAGGCGCGAUGAAAAUGGACCGAUCCGACGGCGGGGGACGCGCGACGGUGGUGGCGAUCGAGUGCGUGGCGGGGGGCAGCAAGGCGGAGGAGUGGAGCGGGGCCGGCGGGGAGACGGCGGCGCUGCAGACCGGGGACAUCCUGGAGGAGGUCACCUUCGGGGGCUCGCCUCCGGUCCAGGCGCCUUUCAAGGGCGGGCGGGCCGGGGUCAUGAAGUACCUCCACUCCGCGUUCAAGCGCGGCGACACCUCCGUCCUCCUCAAGGCCCGCCGUGGCGGCGGCGACCCUAGCGCCGUCAUCCUUGAGCUCCACGCCUGCGUCGUGCCCCACCCGCCGGCAGGGCGGCGGCAGUACCUGCUCCGCUCGAUCCGCGACCCCAAUUACGCCGUCGCCCUGGCCGACCGUUCCGAGUCCGACUGCAUCGCCUUGCAGAGGUCAAGGAGCUCCAGGGUGGUGUGUGUACUGAGCAACACACAAGUCCAGGAUGGUUAUGUCUCGUAUCCAUGGGAGAAGAAGAUGAAGGAGUCAUUGCGCACCUCGAACUCGAGCUGUUUUCUUUCCAUGCUCAUCCUUCCCAAGGCAUCAGAUCCUUCAGGCACCCGCUAUAGCUCUCUCGAGGACACCUUAUCCCGAGCCAAUGCUUGGUUCAACUCCUCGCAGGCAUCAGGGGUCCCCAUUGCCUUCAGCAGCCUCCAAACUGAGGCCCUGCUUACUAAGAUCUCAGGAGAGACGGCUUCAUCUACGGUAAACAUGGGAUCACUGGCUGACCUCUCAAACUUGGCAAAUGUCAGCCUCUAUGGAUUUGAGGAUUACCAUGGAGUGGACAUUGGGGUGGUAAGAGCUGUUAGGCUUUGGUACACCCCAAUAGCAGGGGAGAUGCCAUUGGAAAUUAUGCUACAGGAAGGCGAUACGAAGCUUGGCUUUGCGAUUAGUCGCACCGAAGAGGGUUUUAUCUACAUAUCGUCCGUAACGGAUGAUAACAACUCAGGAGUUGCUGCAGCUCGAUCGGGACUCAAAGAACUCUUCAAAGAAGCUUCGGAAGCUUCAAAGCGACUAGUGAUCUCAAGGGUCGGGGACGAGAAGGUCCUUCCAUGGAUGGUGUCCACAUCAGGAGCCAUCAGGUGCUUCGACACGGUCUCCCUCAGCCAGAAGCUCUCACUGCACCGACACGCGCUGAAGCCCAUUUUACUCCACCUGCUCAUGUGGGAGACGCCUCCUUCCAGUCCGACGAGCAUGGCCGAGAGAUCAGAGGCAACGAUACCGUCGUCGCUGCCAUUUGAGCUGUCACCAACACCGUCUCUUGUGCCGCCAUCCCCAGUGGAUAAAGUGCUGCAGGAUUUGGUCUACAGAGGUGGUGCCGAGGGCAGUCUCACUAGGGAUACUGCCGGAGAUGUGUCCUUCAGAUUCCACAACUUCUCAAUUACCAGGAACUGGGUCUGACCUUAGCCUUCAUGUUCUUCUCAUCUCUGUACAUAAAAGAACAGGUCCUCUGCAUUGAAGAAACAUCACCAGGUAACAACUAUUACAGAUUGAAGUGUAGAACCGAAGUAAUAAAGGAGCUCUCAGACUGUAAAUGUAGCGUUGCAGUUUGCAGCUUUCAGCUUUGACAUCUAAAUGUGGUUGUAGAAUUGUAAGUCAACUGCUUUGCGUCGAUCCAUUCUAGCAAAAUUCCGAGUUUGUCAGUGUUUUCAUAAAGACAUGUAAUGAUGAUUGGAUAUAAUGCAAGUGAAGUUGUUUUUGCCUCA